GCUCAGAUACACAGGGCCCCUGGGUGGACCCUGUCCUCUCCCCUCACAUGCUCAGGAAUCCACCUGAUUCUUUAGACUUCAGCCCCCUCCUUAGCCUGGGCUCUGUGUGGUGCUGAGGGACUUUCAGCCCAACCGCGGCGCUAUUAUGACAAAGGAUUAUCAAGAUUUCCAGCACCUGGACAAUGACGAGAGCGACCAUCACCAACUGCGGAGAGGUCGGCCUCCCACUCCGUCGCUCCUGCAGCGCCUCUGCUCUGGACCCAGCCUCCUCCUGCUCUCCUUGGCCAUCGGCCUCCUGUUGCUGGUGGUUGUUUGUGUGAUCUCAUCCCAAAACUCCCACCUCCGGGGCGACCUGCUGGCUCUAAAGCAGAAUUUCAGCAACUUCACCGUGAGCACUGAGGACCAGGUCAAGGCCCUGAGCUCACAGGGGAGCAAUGUGGGAAGAAAGAUGAAGCUACUGGAGUCGCAGCUGGAGAAACAGCAGCAGGAUCUGACUGAAGAUCACUCGAGCUUGCUGCUGCACGUGAAGCAGUUAGUGUCUGACCUGCGAAGCCUAAGCUGUCAGAUGGCUGUACUUCGGGGCAAUGGCUCUGAAAGGACCUGCUGCCCCGUCAACUGGAUAGAGUACGAAGGCAGCUGCUACUGGUUCUCCAGCGCGGGGAAGCCCUGGGCGGAGGCUGAUAAGUACUGCCGGCUGGAGAACGCGCACCUGGUAGUGGUGACCUCCUGGGAGGAGCAGAAAUUUGUCCAGCGCCACAUGGGCCCUACAAACACUUGGAUUGGCCUCACUGACCAGGACGGGCACUGGAAAUGGGUGGAUGGGACUGACUACGAGUCAAGCUUCAAGAAUUGGAGACCUGGGCAGCCCGAUGACUGGUACGGCCAUGGCCUCGGAGGGGGCGAGGACUGUGCCCACCUCACCAACGACGGCAGCUGGAACGAUGACGUCUGCAGGAGGCCCUACCGCUGGGUCUGUGAGACAGACCUGGGCAAGACCAGUUAGGAGCCUCUCUCCCCCUAAUUUAUUUCUUUAAUGCCUUGAGCUGCUGAGGUUUAGCAUUGGGAGGCCCUACCUUGGGGUCUCCACAUCUCGGGUUUUAAGGGGAGGGUAAAGACUGGUGUUUGAGGACUGCG